AUGGCAGCCUGGCUUGACCUCUCGCCAGAGGCCACAGGCUGGACAUUAGUCGAUACAGGGCGUCUACAAAACCUUGUGGAGAGCUUAGCCCACUCCCAGAGUCAAUAUCCUUCGCUUGUCCUUUUCAUCGGAAAUAAAUGUCGGGUCAAAGCACUCCAGGCAUUAUUCCCCUAUAAUAAUAUCACUCGAAGAGGACCAUCUAGGUUUGUAAGGCUCCAUAUUAGUACGGAAACAGUGAAAGACCUACAUCCUAUAUUCUUUACAGAAUGUAAUUUGCCUAAACAAUCUGGUCUAAAUGAGCCAACCGAGAGAUUCCAACGUUAUCCUAUGCAACAGAAAUCUUCAUCUUUGGCAGAUAUGCAGCAUAAUACACAAGUCGUGUGCUUCUUCGUCGAUAAAACGGCAGAUUUUGCUAAUAUUCAGCGUCUUCUCAAGAUAAAUCGCCGCAAAAUAAGAGUUGGAGCAAAAUCUAUUUCAGAUUCCCAACAUGUGAUCAUUAUCCUAGUGGGCAAAGAGAUUAAAGAAGAAGACCCAUCGUUUCAAGAAAUGUUAUGCUUUUCAGAAGAACAACCACAAAUACUCGUAACCUUCUUAGAUCUACGUCAUAGACAUAUGUUGUCACCUGCCGCAGCUUUUGAGCCGCUCCGCAGUAUUAUUAUAGAGCAUAUCCAUAUCACUCAAAACGAGAAAAUUGAUCGAAUAAUCUCUAGAGCCGAGCUCUACAGUCAGAAAGCAAAAGCCAAGACGAAUUCAUUUUCGAUUGCCUUACAGUCGCGCGAGAAGAUAUCAAGCACAUUUCGAUCAGCAGUGAUCAUAUUACACGCUUUCUGA